CUCCAGUUAAUUUAAAUUCGUAACGCUCUACACAUCGCAGUAAUAAAUAUAUGCAAAUUACUUGCAAUCCGCAAAUUGCGAAGCUGUGAUUAUUAAUUACUUGUAUAUCAGACACUCGUUUUGAAUUUCUCUAACAUACAAUGGCAUUUGAGUAUAGCAAAGAUAUUGUCAAACCUCCGGAAUAUUUAGAUAUACAGUUCAUUGAGGAUAUGACCGAAAAUGCGUUGCGGGAAACGAAUGUGAAAAUCUUAAAGGCUUAUUUCCAAAUGUGCGGUGCUGGAGGCGAGAACUUCUGCAGCCGCGUCUACCGUAUUAAGGUGCAAUACGACUUGCCGCAAACCGGAAAGCGUGGUGAAUUGUCUGUGAUCGUUAAAUGCAUACAACCCAUAGAGGGUGUUGAUUUUUUGGACGAACUCAAAGUAUUCGGAAAAGAGAAGACAACAUUCGAAGAGACAUUGCCAAUGCUGUCACUGUUCCUUGAGCCAGGCGGACGCGUCAGUGGACGGCUUUAUCACUCAAUUAAAAGGCCGGUGAAUUGUUUAGCAUUCGAGGAUCUCAAUAUGAGCGGCUAUCACAUUGCGUCGCGGGAACUUGGUUUGGAUGAGAAACAUGCGCGUUUGGUAAUGAAACGUAUUGGCCAAUUUCACGCAAUUUCAAUGCAUCUCGCAAAAAAGAAACCAUUUAUACGCCAGCUCUACAACCAAGGCAUGCUUUCCCGCAAUGCACUUAAACCUGAAAGUUUUCUCUUACGAUUUUUCACCGGAAAUGCCAAAGCUCUACUUAAACUCAUCACGAAAUGGUCCGAUUACUCGAAUAUUGCUGACAAAUUACAAAAUUACGUUGAAAAUUUGCCUGAUAACUUGGUGCGUGCUCAGGCACCUCUGCCAGAUGACAAUUUUAGAGUACUAAAUCAUGGAGAUCUUUGGGUCAAUAAUAUACUCUUCAAAUAUGAUGAUAAACAUGAGGUGCAAGAUUGUACAUUUAUCGAUUACCAAAUGACAGUUUGGGCUAGUCCAGGCAUCGAUUUGAAUUAUUUUCUUUACACCAGCGUACAGUUGGACGUAUUGAAAAACAAAUUCGAUGAAUUGCUAAAAGAGUAUUAUAAGAGUUUUUGUGCUAAGCUUGUCGAACUUAAUUACGAGCCAUUGCCUAGCUUCCAACAGGUCUGUGAUGAGGUACACCGGCGCGCUAGCUAUGGAUUUUUCGCUAAUUUUGGCAUCUACCCGCUAGUUAUACAGGAUAAAGAGAUAGCAGGCGAUACUAAUUUGGAUAAUUUGAUUGACGAAGAUUUUGCAGCAAAAAAACAGGAACAAAUAUUUGGUUCCAAAUAUAUAGCCGAGACCUUACGGUACACAUUGAGAAAAUUCGACAAAAUGGGUAUUUGGGAUUAAGGGGCUUUGUGUGUUGAAUGAAAAUAUUUACACCUGUUGCAGAAUAAUAUUUUUAUGUUAUGUGUAUAUAUGUAUAUGCACUCGUAUAUUUUAAAAGUUCAAAUCCAUUUGAGAUAAGCAAAAAAUUAAAAUUAUUUAAAUGAAAGUGUAAAAAGCUGUUUAGUUAAUAAAAUAAAAUUCAAUAACGGCUGCA